GCAAUGUAACCCCAAUGCCAUUUGAGUCUAAAUAUGUUGCUUAAAACUCAGUCAAUACCCCAUUUGUCAAAUGCUUCAAGAACAUCUCUCUUCAAGUCUUCAUCUUUUUCUUUCUCUCUCUAGAAUUUAGCUGUUUUUCUAAUCAAAACUCCCAAAAUUCUAAAACCCUUUUCAUCAUUUCUUCCAAUUUCACCAUUUUCUUAUUCUGUAAAUACAUAUAGGAAAACAGUGUAGCAGCGAAACCGCCAUGGCUGCAAACAAGUUCGCGACCAUGCUGCAUAACAAUACAAACAGGAUCACUCUAGUUCUCAUUUAUGCUGUUCUUGAAUGGACGCUUAUAAUCCUCCUCCUCCUCAAUUCCGUUUUCUCCUAUUUAAUCGUCAAUUUUGCCCAAUUCUUCGGCUUAAAACCGCCAUGUUUCUGGUGUGCUCGAAUUGAUAAAUUUCUCGAAUCCGAUGACAACAAUUUUCAGUACCAUCUAUGUGAGCUUCAUUCAAAGGAAGUUUCGCAUAUGGGGUUCUGUUCGAUUCAUCAAAAGCUAGCGGAAUCACAUGAUAUGUGUGAGGAUUGUUCAUCCUCCGAUCUGGGUUUUCAAAAAGAGUCAAGGAAUUUUGUGUUCUCGAAGGUGGAAAGAAUUGAUGCGAUUCAGAGUGAUGAAGAAGAUGAAGUGAAUUUGAAGUGUUCCUGCUGCAGAGUGAAUUUUGAGAGAAAAAUUGUCCAUGAUUCUUCUUGUUUUGUUAUUCAUCCUUUGUGGGAUAUAUUGGGUAAUGCCAAGAAAGUGAAUUCCGUUGAUGAUCAUAUCGAAAAAUUCGUUGAUGAUGACCAGAUAGAAUCGCUUUAUGUUGAAGAAACCAACAAAAUUGACGGUAAUGAAGAAUUUGAAACAGAGGAAGCUGAGAUUGAAGUGAUUAGAGAUUUGAAUGCAUUUGAACAGAGUUUGAUUCAGUUUGAUAAAGGGGAAGAUUUAAAUUCACAUGAUCUUCAUUCCUUCAUUGAUUACAGUGGAAAUCAGUUGUUUCCAUUUGAAUUAAGUGAUCCGAAAACAGACGAAAUUCGAACUGAUCCAGAAGAAGAAGAUCAUGAGUUUGGGGAUUUUCAAAAAGCACAGGUGAAUUCAGGAGAAAUUUAUGAUUCCGAUCAUCAGAAAACAGAGGAAUCAUCUAAAUUUUCGGAGAAAACUGUUGCUUACCAUGAAAGUUUAAUUUAUUUCGGUAAUGCCCAAGUCGUCGAUGAUGAAAAAACUCAAUCCCCAGCAAUCGACACUGAAGAACUUCAAGAAAGAGAUUUAGAUAUUCAUUCAUCAGAAAUUGAUGAUUCUAUUCAACAGAAUACAGAGGCAUUAUCUAAAUUUUCUGAGAAAACAUUUGUUUCCCAUGAGAAUUUAAUAGAUUUCGGUAAUGAGCAAGUCGCCAUUGAUGAACAAACUCAACUUCCACCAAUCAACACUGAAGAACUUCACGAAAGCGAUUCAGAUAUUCAUUCAUCAGAAAUUGAUGACUCUGUUCAACAGAAAACAGAGGCAUCACCCAAGUUUUCUGAGAAAACAUUUGUUUCCCAUGAGAAUUUAAUAGAUUUCGGUAAUGAGAAAGUCCUCAUUGAUGACAAAACUCAACUCCCACCAAUCAACACUGAAGAACUUCACGAAAGCGAUUCAGAUAUUGAUUCAUCGGAAACUGAUGAUUCUGUUCAUCAUAUAACAAAGAACCCAUCUACAUUUUCUGUGAGAACUCGUGUUUCCUAUGCGAAUUUGAUUGAUUUUGGAAAUGAACAUGUCACAAUUGAUGAACAAAUUCAAACCCGAUCUAUGGAUGUUGAAGAACUUCAAGAAAGUGAUUCCGAUAUUCAUUCAGUUCAUGAAGAAGAUGAUGUUUCAAUCGGAACAGAGAUUCCAGUUUUGGAUGCAUGUGAUGAGAUCAAACAAGAAGAACAUUCAACAAAUUCUAAUAUUUUGCAUUCAGAUCUUGAAAAUGAUUCCGAGGAAGAGAAAGCUCCGGAAACACCGUCUUCAAUUCAUAGCCUAAACCCACUCCACAGGAACUGGUUGAUUCCCGAGAUGAAAGAAUCGGGGGCCGAAGAUUCAUUUCAUGGAAGUACAAUGAGUGAACCUGUGAACACCGCCGAGAAGUUGAAAUCGGCUUUAAAAGCCGAGAGGAAAGCCUUACAAGAGUUAUACACGGAAUUGGAAGAAGAGAGGAAUGCUUCGAUGGUGGCCGCUAAUGAGACCAUGGCAAUGAUAAACCGGCUUCAAGAAGAAAAGUCGGCCAUGCAAAUGGAGGCGUUACAAUAUCAACGAAUGAUGGAAGAACAGUCGGAAUACGAUCAAGAAGCUUUACAACUCUUGAAUGAACUUAUGAUGAAAAAGGAAAAGGAAUUGGAAUUGUUCCGAAAGAAAGUGUCGGAAUAUGAGUCAAAAGAGAAGAGUAGGGUUUUGCGGGGGAGUACGAAAACGGGGACAUCAUCGAUUUCUUGGAGUCACUCUGAGGAUGACGAUGGAUUGUCGAUUGACUUAGAGGGGAAUCAAGAAAGCCAACAUCCGAAUCAAGAAAGUCAACAUCGAAAUCAUCAAAAUACCCCGAUUGAUUCGGUUUUGGACUUGGAGUCAUCGUUAGCGGACUUUGAGGAAGAAAGGGUGUCGAUCCUCGAACAAUUGAAAGUUCUAGAAGAGAAGCUUUUCACAUUGAGCGAUGAAGAGGAUCGACAUUUUGCUAACACAACAGUAACCGAGGACCAUUACGAAGAGAUUGGAAAUUAUGGUUUCAGUGAACAUAUUGUCGAAUAUACUGCAAAUGGAAUCGGGAAAAUUGGAAAACAAGCAAUGGUGAAGAGACUUCUUCCUCUAUUUAAUGUGAAUAGUACGUUGGGCGAAGAUGGUGUGACGGUAAGAAAUGGAUACGAAAACGGGUUUUAUUCCACGAAGUUUGAAGACACGGCUGUCACACGAUUUGAACUUGAGAAGAAGAGAAUUGAUAUGGAAGAGGAAGUGGAUCAAUUGUAUGGAAGGUUACAAGCCCUAGAGGCAGAUCGAGAGUUUUUAAGACAUUGUAUCGGGUCUAUGAAUAAGGGUGACAAAGGAAUGAAACUUCUUCAAGAAAUUUUAUAUCAUUUACGAGAUCUUCGAAAUGUGAAUAUUCGAGCAAAGAACUAUACCGAAAACGCCCUCCUAUGAGCCCCUACAAACAUUCGAACGGGGUGAAAGGUGGUGCAUUGUGAAGUUGAGGUCCACGGAGGCUUAUUGUUGUGUUGUGGUUAUAUAUGCCUUUGUACUAUUAAUGUGGUUUCAAAAGCAACCCAAUUUUUCUUGAGAGCUUUUAUGUCCAUUCAUCUCUACUUUUGAAGGGGAAAAGGAGGAUGAUGGUCCAUGGUGUGUAGGCUAAUGAGGUUUUAGAAGAAGGCAAAACUGCAAAAAAAUUACCAUUUUUAGGAUGAUUUAAGUUCACAUCACGCUAAGUUAGUUUGUACUAUGUGUAUUAAUUAAAGCAUGUAUGUAAUACUUGGUCGCAUUCGAAUUCGUUGGAGAGGGUUAGGUAUAGGAAUAUUUUUUAUUUUUUUUAUUUGUCUUUGGAGUAAGAAGAAAGGGCAAGGGGUCCUAUUCCUCAUAUUUUAUGUGUCCUUUUGAAAGUAUAUCCAAGUUUGGUGUUUUGACUAGAAUUAACUAUAUAUAUAUUAUAUGCAUACUCAUCAUU